UGGCCCAGGGGAGCGGGGAGAGGAAGCUACUGUUUACAAACAUGAGGUCACCAGAGUCGCAGAUCAAAGCAAGAAGGUCUGGGGAAGGGGCUGGGAUGGGCCCGAGACCCCAGACGAGAACUCUGCCCCUGACUCACCUCUGCCGGGGGAAGGAGGAUAAAGAGGAGACAGGGGAGCGGGGGCUGUCCAGAUGCGCGGCACUUGACUAGCGGGCCACAUGCAGAUCGCAUGCAAAUCAGCGAGCGCACGCGUGGCCCCCUCGUGGCAAGCGGUAGCUCCGCGGGGCGACCCUCGCGCGGCUGCCCGGCCGGGUGGUCUGGGGCCGGGCGGGCCAGGCCAGGGCCCCGCGGAGGCGGAGUCUCACGAGUUCCUUUCCCAGCCUGGCCUCGCAGGGCCCCGGAGGGUCCUGGGGAGGAGCCCACCGUCCCAGCGGGGGAGUUUCGCGCUCAGCCCCUCACUCCGCCACUCCCGCUCCGCACGCCCCCGUCUGUUGUUGGGCAGCGGUGUCGGGUUACCGCCCAGGGGCUAUAGUUAGCCGUGGGGACUUUGUGUGGCAAUCCGCGGAGAGCGCCGGCCCGCCGGACUCUACCCUCCGCCUGCCGCAAGCACCAGCGCUCCUUCCCGCUCAGCUCCGCAACCUCCAGGCUACGCUCCGGCCACGCCCACUCAGCCCGCUUCCUGCGGACCCGGACCCAGGACCCCUGAAGUGGUAGGAAGAAGGGUGCUGGAGCCCAUCAAGCCGGGACUCCACCUUCACUAGGACCUCACCGUGCAAGACUUCUCCAGGGAGGAUGCUGGAGGCUCUGUUGAUCGUCCUCAGCUGCUUUGGCCUCCAAAUCCUCUGGCAGGCCCAGGCUGUUCCUAUCCUGCCCCUGGGCCUGGCUCCAGACACUUUCGAUGAUGCCUAUGUGGGCUGCUUGGAGGUCAUGGAAGAAAAGGCAGCUGCCCUGCUAAAAGAGGAGAUGGCCCACCAUGCCUUGCUGCGGGAGUCCUGGGAGGCAGCCCAGGAGGCCUGGGAGCACCGGCGUCGAGAGCUCACUCUGCCCCCUGGCUUCAAAGCCCAGCACGCAAUAGCCAUUAUGGUCUAUACCAACUCAUCUAACACCUUGUACUGGGAGCUAAACCAGGCUGUGCGCACGGGCGGUGGCUCCCGGGAGCACUACAUGAGGCACUUCCCCUUCAAGGCCCUGCAUUUCUACCUGACCCAAGCCCUGCAGCUGCUUCGCGGCAGCGAAGGCUGCAGCAGGGAACCUGGGGCAGUGGUGUUUCGAGGCGUGGGCAGCCUUCAGUUUGAACCCAAGAGGCUUGGGGACUUGGUCCGCUUUGGCCAGUUUGCUUCCAGCUCCCUGGAUGAGGCAGUGGCGCGCAGGUUUGGUAAUGCCACCUUCUUCUCUCUAAGGACUUGCUUUGGGGCCUCUAUCCAGGCCUUGUCUGUCUUCCCUGAGGAGCGCGAAGUGCUGAUUCCCCCCCAUGAAGUCUUCUUGGUCACUGGGUUCUCCCAGGAUGGAGCCCGGAAUGAAGUGACUCUCUGGAGCUAUAAUCAGACCUGCAGCCACUUUAACUGCGCAUAUCUGGGUGGGCAGAAGAGGCGAGACUGUGUGUCUGUACCAGUAGGGCAGCCAGAGUCACCCUAUGAAGGGGUUUCCCCUCUGUUCUCCUGGAAGACCCCGUUCUUGGGCCCUGGAAGGUUCCAGCUCUCAGGAGCUGGGCCGUGAAAGCCCAACACUAUCACUUAGGAAUCCUGGGAACUGACGAGCUUCAUAUGAAGAAGAGGGGCUUCACAUGGCCUUACGAAGCAAGAGCAUGGUUCCAGACCCAGCCCAAGCAGCCAUCUCCCCAGUUCGGGUUUGGGGAGACCUGAGGUCAUGGCAGGGUUGAGGGAGUCCCACUAUGUGCUAGGGACUUUCUGGGACAAGCAGGGGAAGUACCGUGGUGGCCACUCAAUUAAACAGCGUUGUAGAAUGGA